AUGGGCAAGAAGGACAAAGGCGGCUCCAGCGGGGAGACGCUCACCCGUAUUGCCAUCGUGAGCUCCGACAGGUGCAAGCCGAAGAAGUGCAAGCAGGAAUGCAAGAAGUACUGCCCCGUCGUCAAAGUCGGCAAGCUGUGCGUGGAGGCCGACCCGAGCAGCAAGAUCGCGUGGAUCUCCGAGGAGCUGUGCAUCGGAUGCGGUAUCUGCGUGAAGAAGUGCCCGUUCGACGCCAUCAUGAUCAUCAACCUCCCGAAGAACCUGGAGCGUGAAACGACGCACCGCUACGGGCCUAACACCUUCAAGCUGCACCGCCUGCCGAUGCCGCGCCCGGGGCAGGUCCUCGGCCUCGUCGGCACGAACGGCAUCGGCAAGUCCACGGCUCUGAAGAUCCUCGCCGGGAAGCUCAAGCCCAACCUCGGGCGCUUCGCCUCGCCGCCCGACUGGGAGGAAAUCCUGGCGUCGUUCCGCGGCUCCGAGCUCCAGAACUACUUCACGCGGAUCCUCGAGGACAACCUCAACGCGGUCAUGAAGCCGCAGUACGUCGACCACAUCCCGCGCGCCGUCCGCGGGAACGUGAGCAAGGUCCUCGACGCCAAGGAACAGCGCGGCAACAAGGGCGUGCUCGCGCGGCUGCUCGACCUGGAGCAGGUCAUGGACCGCGACGUCGAGGUGCUGUCCGGCGGCGAGCUCCAGCGGUUCGCGAUCGCGGUCGUCGCGUGCCAGAAGGCCGACGUGUACAUGAUUGACGAGCCCUCGAGCUAUCUGGACGUCCGGCAGCGCCUCAAGGCCGCGCAGGUCAUCCGCGACCUCCUCGACGAGCGGAACUACGUCAUCGUCGUCGAGCACGACCUCGCCGUGCUCGACUACCUCUCCGACUUCAUCUGCUGCCUGUACGGGCAGCCGGGCGCGUACGGCGUGGUGACGAUGCCCUUCUCCGUCCGCGAGGGCAUCAACGUGUUCCUCGCGGGGUUCGUUCCGACCGAGAACCUGCGGUUCCGCGAGGAGGCCAUGACGUUCCGCGUCACGGACGCGCAGCUGGCGAACGAGCUCAUCACGCGCACGCAGGCCUACGAGUACCCCGCGAUGAAGGUCACGCAGGGGGCCUUCACGCUCGAGGUCGAGAAGGGGUCGUUCUCGGACUCGGAGAUCAACGUGCUCCUCGGGGAGAACGGCACCGGGAAGACGACGUUCAUCCGCAUGCUGGCGGGCCUGCUGAAGCCGGACGAGGUGGAGGGCGACGAGGACAUCCCGCAGUUCAACAUCUCGUACAAGCCGCAGAAGAUCGCGCCGAAGUUCCCCGGCACCGUCCGCGAGCUCCUCCACAAGAAGAUUCGCGAGUCGCUGCACCACCCGCAGUUCCAGACCGACGUAACGAAGCCCCUCAACCUGGAGCCUCUGCUGGACCAGGAGGUACAGAACCUGUCCGGCGGCGAACUGCAGCGCGUGGCCAUCGUGCUGGCGCUCGGCACGCCCGCGGACAUCUACCUCAUCGACGAGCCGUCGGCGUACCUGGACGCCGAGCAGCGCAUCAUCGCGGCCAAGGUCAUCAAGCGCUACAUCAUGCACGCGAAGAAGACGGCCUUCAUCGUCGAGCACGACUUCAUCAUGGCCACGUACCUCGCGGACCGCGUCGUCGUGUACGACGGCCAGCCGUCCAAGCACGCCUUCGCCCGCGCCCCGCAGACACUGCUCACUGGCAUGAACGCCUUCCUGGGGCAGCUCGAGAUCACCUUCCGGCGGGACCCGACGAACUUCCGGCCGCGGAUCAACAAGCUCGGGUCCGUGAAGGACCGGGAGCAGAAGACGGCGGGGAUGUACUUUUUCUGGGACGAGGACGGCGCCGCGAACGAGAAGGAGGCGAAGGAGGCGAAGGAGGCGAAGGAGGCGGCGGAGGCGGAGGCGGAGGCGAAGGGCAAGGGCAAGGGCAAGGGCAAGGGGAAGGAGGCGGGCGGGAAGGGGCACGAGGGCGGGGGGAAGGGCAAGAAGAAGAGGGGCGACGACGACGACUAG